AUGAAGAAGCCAAAACAGGUUAAUAAAAGGAGUCAGAAGCAUGAAAACGAUUGGUUCAAUGAUGUUCUUGAUGAAAACAAAAAAUUAGCAAUCCCAAUUGGACCACGUUUUCAAGCUGACGUGGCGGAGUGGACGGGCCCACCUCAAAGAAAAUACCCCCACAAAAGUCUCACAAAGUCAACAUCAUCAAAGUAUUUAGGCACUGUGAUUUGGUCAAACAAAGAAACAACACCAGAAACAGAAAUUGGGAAAGGGAGACCUGAAAACUGUGAUUGUCAUUCCCCAGGAGCCAUUUCCUGUGUUAAGCGACACAUUGCUUUAAAAAGAACGCGUCUUCAAAAAGAUCUGGGACCCGCUUUCCAUAAAUGGAAGUUUGAUGAGAUGGGAGAAGCUGUUGCCAAGCUAUGGAAGUACUCAGAGCAGCAGAAGUUUAUUCAGAUUGUGAAAAGGAAUCCGAUUUCUGAAGGUAAUAACUUUAUAAAACUUGCCUUAGAAUCUUUUCAAUCAAAGUCAUGGAAAAACAUAGCCAGCUAUUACUUCAAUGUAUACCUCCCUAGACGCAUAAGUGCAAAAACUAGGUCAAGAACUGGAACUGUAGACACAGAUGAUGAAGAAGAAGAAGAGAAAAAGAUCACCCCUUGUUCUAAAGGAUCAAGAAAGAGGGCUCAGGUUGAUGGUGUAGGGAACUCUUCUAAAAUUGGAAAGGUUGGUUACUUAAGUGGAAGAAGAUGA